AUGGCCACUUACAUAGACCUUCCCCAUAUUUCCAUAGUGUGGACGAAAACGAGCCAACAUCUAGGCUACGUUAUCGGCGCUCCUAGCACCCAAGUAUCUACCCCGAGGCCGCACAAUGCUGCGAUAUUUGUUCUGCACAGCACUGAGCCAGCCAGGUUCAUGAUGGCGGAUGAGGUUGCCCUUGGCCUAUCUCAGGUCACGAAAGACAGGCGACGGCAGCUCGUCAGACACAAGACAAUCUCUAGCCACAGACCUUCUCCUCCUCUUUCUAUCCCUCGACGCCUAUCUUCUGUUACACCGAAGCUGGGGCGGAGGCCUUUGUCCACCAUCAAUGAAGAUCGAGCACCCUCAUUGAAAAGUGAUAGUUCGGACAGCCUCAAACUUAUACCAGCCUUACCACACCAGCCGUCCACAUGGACUUACUCUUCAGAGCACCUCAUAUACAUUAGCCCAAGUCGUCAACUGCAAGAAUUUCAGUCUGUGAGCUAUGGUUCGGUAGACGAAGAGAACAAAGUCGACAAAGCCUAUUACUGGUCGACGCCGAGGGUGUACAGAACACAGAGCCAAUGGACAACACCGUCAGAUUACUACGUGCCGAGCGGAACUCCUGAGACCCAAGAGCCAACGACCGUCGAGACGAGUGCAGCAUCCGUCCUCGAUAUCGAAGAUCUGCCAGAAUCUGCGGAACAUCCGGUGCCCAUCGACUGUGGCCUGUCAAGAGACGCAAUCGCCGAUCUGUUCCACAGAGUCGAGGAGUACGAGCGGGAACAUUCAGACGACACCCAAGACGCUGGUACGAUCUGGGUCCGUGUUAGCGAAGCUGGUCAGGGCUUGACCAAGACGUUGAAGACGAUGGGUUCGUUACGUAGGAGGCCAACCUUUGAAGUACGCCUGGAAAUGGGCCUAGCUGACAGACCUAAAACGCCUUCUGGUACCGUAUCGACUCAACCUCAGGUCAAGAUCUACGAGAAGCCAACACGGAUGAAGAGGCUGAGCAUCACGGUAGGCGAUUGCUGGAAGCGGUUCAGGAAUCGGUCGGGAGACACGGGCACGGAGUUGCAGGCCAGCCACAACGUUGUCGAUGCCCCUGUUAUGAACGGAUCAAUCUUUUCCUUCAGCUUGGACGAAAAUCCCACGACACGACCUCAGAUCGAUAGAAAAGAUCCUCUACUGGCUCCAGAUUUGGCAAGGAAAAGUGGUGGCACAAUUCCCAGGCCAGUAAGGAAGGAUAGUAAGCGCUCUGUCAGCGAGCAGUUGAGAAGACGUAAGUCGAGCUUGUUUCUGGAUGUUGAUUGA